AGCCCGUAUGACGACAAUGGCAGAUGGCAUAGACUAUCUGCAUGUCGCUGCCGACAUCCUAUGUGAUUUCUUGGAGGUGGCGGUACACAUGAUUGUUUACAGACACGACGUCUAUCCGUCAGCCAUCUUCGAGUCUCGCAGGAAGUAUGGCGUGCCAACAAAGAUGUCAGUUCACCCAGAGUUGAACAGCUACUUACAGUCGUGUCUGUGUGACACACGAACACUCCUACUUGCCCGUGACCUUGAUCGUAUCGUCGUGGCGAUACUGGACACGAGUGGUGCACCGAUUACCAAGUAUACGUUCGAGGUGUGGCUGCCUGCGGAACCGUCGGCUGGUGGGGAUGAGUACCUAGUGCAGGUGGAGCAAGCCUUCCGCGAAUUCCUGUUAAAAGUUGGUGCAUGCGAUACAGAUAUGGAAGCACUAGGAAACUGCAGUUUCGCCCUGCAGCUGCACUCCACGGCAGCCGGGCUGCUUGCGCUUAAAAACGGUGCUUUGCCAUGGGUAACAUGCGAAACGGCGCAGCGCCUCAUUCAAGGCGAUGCUCGUAUUGUCCCUUUGAAAUCGUACUAUUGUGAACUGUUCAAAAUGCAGCUGUAUGUGGAAAAGAGGUGACAACUACUUUGCAUCAGGAAUGUGGCAGUACUAAAAAGAAACAAUUGAAGAUAGAAAAUUGGAAAAAUGUUCAACGGUUUGGAGUGAAUGAGAGGCAGAGGAUUACCUCUGUAUUAGUAGUGUUAAAUUUCUUGCUCUUUAUGUGCCAGGAUUUUACAGAAGCCAAUAUUUGUGGGGUUUUAAAAAUGGUAACUAAAUUCCGUAUUCUCCUUACGUAACAAAAUCAAUUAUGUUGUGUUGUUGAAAAAUUUGGCAGGCUAUAUUUAUUAUACUGUUUUGAUGAUUAUGUGGUAUUGGAAAAAGUUAAAACUAUGAACUGCUUAUUGAAAUGCAUGAGAAAAGAUGGAAAAUGUUUGUCAAUGGUAUUUUUACUGGAGCACAAAUGAAAGAAGUGGACGCUAGAAAAGCUUACAAAAAUCACUGGCUAUGAAGUUAUUUGUUGAAAAUUUGUAAUGUAUAUAUUUGUGAAAUAAACUAGCAGCAAUCACUGCUAUAUAUAAAUA